AUGUCCUUAUCAAGUUUCCAAGUCUUGCUUGAGAGCAUGCUGAAAUUUUAUCUGCAGCCUUAUGACGCAUCUGAGGACAAAUUGUCGCGCUCCCACCUGUUUUUGCUCAACGUUGCUAUGUUUGUCGGUGAGCCCGCCGGUGCACCGGGUUACCUUGGCCCAUUUCCGGAUCAAGUUCAACCUGCGGUGGAAAUAAUUGUAGAAGGUUACCUUCCACACAAUCAGUUUAUAGCCAUGAACGCACUAAAGGAAGCAAUUUUCAUCAAGGGGCAUACCAAGGAUGAUGAAGGCGGUAGCUCGUCUUUGCAAACGUCCCAACUCCGAACAAACGAGUUCACUCUGCCGACCUUCCGGCCGUCCACAGAUAAGAAUGCCUCAAGUCAAUCAAUUGUCUAUCAGAUUCAAUUGCCUGCGACCGUGAUAGAUCAUCAUCAAGGAAUUAGGCGCGUGUCGUGCCGUAUUUUUUUGGCUAUUCCACGUCGGCCAAAGAUAUCCAUUUCUACUCAAGCACCUACAGAGUCCUACAGAGUCCUCGUGCCUAUCGGCUUAUAA